AUGCUUGCCUACGCAGCGCGCUCCCGGCGGGGAUACAGCUCCAUCCUUGCGGCCGCAGCCCUUUCUGGCACUGCAUAUGCAGCUCUGAACAUUGAUGAAAAGCUAGCCGUUAAGGCUGUACAUGCGGAUGCGCCAGCGGGCAAGGGUGCAUUGGAUCCGAACGAGUUCCGCGCCUUUAAGCUGAAGGAGAAGCGGCAGCUCACGCGGAACACUUUCUUGUAUAGGUUCGAGCUCCCGGAGGGUCAGACUUCGGGCAUCUUCGUGGCCUCAUGCCUCGUGACUCGCGCAAUGCUGAAGGCGAAACCGGAGGAUGAGAAACCCAAGGCGGUCAUUCGGCCGUACACCCCGACUUCGCCACCGGAUGCCAAGGGCUACCUGGACCUUGUCGUCAAGGUGUACGACAAGGGCGUCAUGUCGAAGCACAUCGACUCCCUCAAGAUCGGUGACAGUUUGGAGAUUAAGGGGCCCAUUAAAAAAUACCCUUACGAAGCCAACACUAAGAAGCAUAUUGGUAUGGUGGCGGGAGGAACUGGCAUCACCCCAAUGCUGCAGGUCAUUGAUGCGAUUUUGGACAACCCGAAUGACAAGACGCAGGUGUCGCUGGUGUAUGCCAACGUCAGCGAGUCGGACAUUAUCCUCCAGGACAAAAUCGACGCUCUAGCCGCACAACACCCGGGCCGCUUCAAGGUGUACUACGUGGUUGACAAGCCUGCUUGGGGCGGUUUGUUCUGGCGCGGUGGCGUUGGCUACCUAACUAAGGACAUGCUAUCCAAGCACCUGCCGGCCCCCGCCAAGGAUUCGCUGGUGAUGGUGUGUGGCCCUCCGGGUAUGAUGGAGGCAGUGUCGGGCAACAAGGCACCUGACUACUCGCAGGGUGAGGUUAAGGGCUUGCUCAAGGAGCUGGGCUAUGACUCAUCCAGCGUGUUCAAGUUUUAAACUCCUGCAUCUGACUUAGCUGUAUGGAAGGCGGUGGUUGCUGUGGACGCGGACGGCAACAGAGCAACGUUAGAUUGUAGAAGAUUCGCUUGUGCCUUUCCCCUCGCUAGUAUCCCUUUGGGCUGUGUGCUCGCCAGCUUUGCCAGCCAAGACUCCCGGAUGUCAACUGUGUGCGUGCCUGCUGCGCACGAGUUUGAGAUUGCAGAGUGGGGGUCAGGAUGGUUGUGUGGACGGUUGUCCGGGUAGUCGUGUCUUGGGUUGAGACCAGACGAUCAUCCCGUAUCGUUGCUCUCCUUGGGUGGGGUUGAGUGGGGGCGCUUUUCGUUGCGGAGGUGGAGGUGCAGGGCCCAACUCUCGAGUCCUAACGCGCCGCAGGAGACCAGUAAGGGAUUGAGCGAGUCACGUCAUGGCGGAGCGUCAUUGUCCCAUGUGCACUGGAGGAGUGCAGUUACUGGCGCCCGGCAACCGGGCCUUGUCUAGUGCAUACGAAAUCUGAGCUAGGGCUUGAGUGGUCCCUCGGAUACAUUACCCUGCAUUGCGCACGAGGCCUGUACGAGGGUGAGGAUCCCAUCAUGUGAAGUAUCUUGUUCGUUGAUGUAUAGUCCCGUAUCCCCAUAGGCCAUCGCGCCUCGAACUAACUAGAUGCCGUUUGGCGAUGGCGGUUGUCACCAGGUCAUUUGUAAUCUUUUAACAUGCAGCAUGACUUGCAACAUUGGCUUGCGCCCUAACUGAAUAUGAAUAUGGAGUCACAAAGGCUGACGACAACUGUGUGCGCCAUGACCAGUUUAGCAGUACCUGUUUAACUGUGGUGCCGUACCUUACCAAACAGUAAGCAGCCCUGUGACUAAUCCGAAUUGCGUCUCGUUCGGGGGGAAGGCACCGGGGCUGUAACGCUAUAAUCUAGCCAUUAACCUCUUUAGACCGUAUUAUUGCGGUCACUGGCAUGGCUUCUAGGAAGAAAAGUCAGCGCAGUGUUGAUUUUCCUACUUUAAGCGUGCACAAGAUGCGUAUCUCUGCUGCAUCAACUAUUGCGUCGGCGGGUCAAACAGUUUCACACUAAUGAUUUACGCGUCAGUUUUUAUUUUUUGCCUGGCGGCCACGUUGAACGCGAUGAAUCUGCUCGGAUUCAUUCAAUCACCCUGUUGUCGAAAAUCACAUAUCGUUACAAAUGCUUCUGCGAUAUGUCGCAGUGAUGUGUACGGAUGUCGGCUAUCACAGCCGCGCGGCGUAGAAAGGCAACCGAUUGUUAUGUGGCGUUCGCUGGUGUACAACCCUUUUGUGCGUUGCCUUGACUGUUCUCAAACCCAUCCUGCCUUGACAUUCCCAUGUGCAAGCCUGUAACAAUCUAGGACACG